GGAAGUCGUCCAUCGUUGUUUAGAGCAAUAUGGCUUCACUCAUUCAGCCUGUGGGCAGCGUGAGCUUUAACACCUUAAUCGUUAAAUACUGUCCUCUAAGUUGAAAUACGACAGUAACUGUUAUCACAGCUAAAUGGCUUCGAGGCUGUGUGGUGGGUUUUUCAGAUGCUCCUCCGUCCUCUGCAGACAGGUCGUCGUGUCUGCUCGACAGGACAAGACGUCAUGGCUUUUCACAACGGGGCAUGCCUUCUGCAGCAGAGGUGGGAGGAGUGGCUUUUUCUUCACACCUGCUUGUUUUAUCACAUCAGAGGGGUUUCUCAAUAGACUGAUGGCAUGCAGAGCAGCUGAGGCAGACGGCAGCUUUUAUCGCCUCCCAGCCUCAGUUCCACCGGACAGCGGUGAACAGCUGUCUUUGUUACUGAGACACCCAGAUCAGCCUGACAACUCAAAAGUUUUGAAAGUGGCUAUAAUAGGUGCCCCCAAUGCUGGGAAGUCCACGUUGUCCAACCAGCUCCUGGGCAGAAAGGUGUUUGCUGUGUCCAAGAAAGUACAUACUACACGGUCACGUGCGCUGGGUGUCCUGACAGAGAAUGACACACAGAUAAUUUUACUGGACACUCCGGGUCUCACCACUCCAUCAAAGGUUAAAAGACACCAGCUGGAGAAGUCUAUGCUCGUAGAUCCCUGGAACACAGUCAAAGAAGCUGACCUAAUUGUUGUCAUGGUGGAUGUGGCAGACAGAUGGACAUGCAACAGGCUCGACUUCGAGGUGCUCAAAUGUCUGGCCCAGCACCCAAACAUCCCAGCAAUCCUGGUCCUCAAUAAGGUGGACCUUGUGAAAGCCAAGGACAAGCUGCUGGAUCUCACAGCAGAGCUGACAUGUGGAAUAGUGAAUGGACAGAAAAUGAGGGUCAGGUUAAUGGUCAAGCCUCGGUGGGCUAAAAAGAGGCCAGAGAGGGAUUCUGAGUUAUCCCCUGAUGAGGACAAUGCAAGGCAUGAGGGCAGUGCUGAGCCAAGCUCUGUGCUGAGCAAAGAACAGCUGAAGGCACUCAGGAGCCAGCAGGGCUGGCCCUCCUUCAAGGAUGUCUUUAUGUUCUCGUCUACGGACAGAGAGGACGUGGACACACUCAAGAGCUACCUCAUGGUUGCAGCCAAGCCAGGACCAUGGCAGUACCACAGUGAGGUCCUAACUGAUCAGAGUCCAGAGGAAGUUUGCACCAGCAUCAUCAGAGAGAAGCUUCUGGAGCAUCUCCCCCAGGAGGUGCCCUAUUCACUGACACAGACUGUUGAAUUCUGGCGAGAUGGAGAAGGUGGCGAGCUCGAUAUCUCGGUGAAACUUUAUGCCAUGAAAGACUCUCAUGUGAGGAUGGUGAUUGGCACAGCUGGCCAGCUGGUAGCACGGAUCGCCCAUGAGGUCAGCAAGGACCUGAGUCAGGUCUACCUGAGGGAAGUAAGGCUGAAGCUCUCAGUCAAGCUGAGGAAAUGAAGAGGAUGCAAGGAUUUUAAUGGUGAAAUCCUGAAGCGAUUAUGAGGCCGAGAUGGCUUUUCUUUUAUUUUUCUCUACAAAGGCCUGAAGAGUUGAACGAAAGACAAGGUCUCAUCACGAGUCUGAUGUGUGGACCUCUUAUGUGACAUGUACUGCCCAGCUCCAGAGCUCAUACUGUACCUGUGAGGAGAAGAAAUUGUACUAUGCACUUGCUCUCUUGAAUCCUGUUGUGCAGUCUCAUCAGAUGUUAUUAAAUUUUUAUAUAUAAAGAUGUUACCUAUAACAUGUUUAGUAGUGGAAACAAUCUUUACAACAAUAAGAGCUUUUGUUUCAGACUGUUUUGUGGGGGAAGUUUAUGCCUUUAUUUGGUGAGAGUAGAAAGAUGACAGGAAAUGAGGGGUGACAUGUUGUAAAGGUCCCAAGCUGGACACGAACUGGAGAUGUUGCAGGUCAUUGUCAGGCCUUAACCCAAGAAUUUGAUGUACAUUAAUCACCAGUCAAAAGUCUGGGCACACUUUCUCAUUCAAUUCACUGGGAAAGUGACCUGAACAAGCACAGUGUGUUUGAUUUUGAUUUAUUUAUUCUUUCAAACAUGUAACAACAGUCAGUAUGUAAUCACACAUAAUUCCAGACA